AUGGAUUUCCUUGAAUAUUCUCUUCUUCUAUUGAUAAUUCUUUGUUUCACUUAUUUUAUUACAUGGUACCUCCGAAAAAGAUGGACAAAAACUUCAGCUCCAAUAUAUUGGCCAUUCGUUGGAAUGUUGCCAGCAAUUAUUUUGAAUUUUCAUCAUAUCCAUGAUUAUAUAACGAAGGUUCUUACAGAAACUGGGGGCACAUUUGAGUUCAAAGGUCCUAUAUUUGCUAAUAUGGACAUGUUGAUUACUUGUGAUCCUGCAAAUAUCCAUCAUAUCUUCAGUAAAAACUUCUCAAACUAUCCAAAGGGACCCGAGUUUCGUAAAAUAUUUGAUAUAUUGGGAAAUGGCAUUUUUAACGUUGAUUCGGAAUUAUGGGAGCUUCACAGGAAGAUCACCAUGUCGAUAAUGAGUCAUGCAAAGUUUCAAACAUUGUUAGAGAACAACAUGUGGGGCAUUAUGGAUAAACGACUUCGACCAAUUCUUGAUGUUUUUGCUGAACAAGGCAAUUCGUUUGAUUUGCAAGACAUUUUACAGAGAUUAAGUUUUGAUUCUAUCACCAAGUUGUUACUUGAUCACGAUCCAAGAAGCUUGUCCAUUGACGUUCCUCAUGUGCCAUGCGAAAAAGCAUUCACCGACGCUAUUGAUGCACUUCUAUUCAGACACAUAAUGCCAGAGAGCUGUUGGAAAUUGCAAAAAUGGCUUCAAAUUGGUAAAGAAAAGAAACUCAGUCAAGCAUGGGAGGCUUUUGAUGAGUUCCUAUAUCCUUGCAUUUCACAUAAACAAGAGGAGCUAAUGAAGAAAACGGCCAAAGACGAAGAUUUCACAUUUUUAGCUGCAUAUAUUAAAAUGUAUAAUUCAUGGAACAAAGGAGAUUUGGGUACAUUACAAAAAUUUCUUAGGGACACUUUCUUGAAUUUAAUGUUAGCUGGGAGAGAUAGUACAAGUUCAGCUCUCACUUGGUUUUUUUUGUUCUUGGCUAAACAUCCCUUAGUUGAGACAAAGAUUAGAGAAGAAAUUCAACAAAAAAUGCAUCUUAAAAAAGAUGAAAACCUCAAGUUUUUCAACAAAGAAGAAAUGCUGAAAUUGGUCUAUCUACAUGGUGCCUUGUGCGAAACUCUUAGGUUUUUUCCAUCACUUUCUUUGGAGCACAAAGUCCCACUUGCACAUGACAUCCUUCCUAGCGGUCACCAUGUCACUCCAAAAACAAAAAUGAUUAUACCGUUCUAUACAAUGGGGAGAAUGGAGACUAUAUGGGGAAAGGAUUACUUAGAAUUCAAGCCCGAGAGAUGGAUUUCUGAACAAGGAAAGAUCAAACAUGAACCAUCUUUCAAAUUUCCGGCGUUUAAUGCGGGUCCAAGGACUUGUAUAGGGAAGAAUAUGGCAUUCACUCAGUUGAAAAUAGUGGCAGCCACCAUCAUACACAACUACCAUAUCCAACUAGUGGAAGCUCAAAAUAUUUCUCCCACUACUUCUAUUAUCAUGCUAGUGAAACAUGGUCUGAAGGUUCGUGUCGUCAAAAGAGUAUAG